AUGAUGUUCUCCGCCACUUUCACCUCCCUCUGCCUCGCCGCUGUUGCUGUUGCCCUCCCCGCUGAGAAGCGUGCUGCUCCCACAGUGACCGACAUUCUGAACUAUGCCUUGACGCUCGAGCACCUUGAGAACGCCUUCUACGCUGAGGGUAUCAACAACUUCACCCAGCAGUCCUUCAUCGACGCUGGCCUCCCCGGUUUCGCUGCCGGUCGCUUCUCCGAGAUUGCCCAGCAUGAGGCUACCCACGUCCAGUUCCUCACUGGUGCUCUCGGCGAGGACGCCACCCAGGCCUGCGACUACAACUUCCCCGUGACAGACGCCAAGUCCUUCGCCCAGGUCUCCUACCUGCUCGAGAACGUCGGCACCUCCGCGUACUCCGGUGCUGCCCAGUACCUCUCGGGUGGGACGCUCACCGCCGCUGCCGCCAUCCUCGCUGUCGAGGCUCGCCACUCCGCGUGGGUCAAUUCCGCCGUCCUCAAGGCCAACCCGUGGAACGGCGCCUUCGACACCCCGCUCGACCUCAACCAGAUCUACACCCUCGCGACGUCCAUCAUCACGUCGUGUCCGUCCUCGAACCCGGCGCUGCCCGUCAAGGCGUUCCCCGCCCUUACCUUCGGCACGGACAUGACCGCCGGCCAGGCUACCACUGUCUCGUUCAACGGCUCGGACGCGAGCAGCGCCAACGGAAUGUACGUGGGCUUCAUCAGCGGGAUGAACACGACCAUCGUCCCCGUGCAGAACGGCCAGGUCACCAUUCCCGACGGUCUCAUGGGCGUCGUGUACGCCGUCGCGACCUCGAGCGACUCGAUGACCAGCGAUAAUGUCACUCUCGCCGGCCCGGCGUUCCUUUCCUUCGAUUUCAAGUCGGACGCACUGCUCCUAUAA